AUGGCGGCGAGGCGCGCUCCUGAGGGAAAGCCUGCGCAGACGGAUGCAACUCUCAACCCGCAUCGCGGUGGCUUCCGUGCGCUCGUGCGCACCGCGUCCGCGCCUGUCGCCGCCCGCGCGCGGCUUUCCCUCCCCCGCAGCACACCAGAGCUAGCAGCCCGUGAGGAGCGGCGCGAGAUGGGCGGAUAUGCAGACGAGGCGGAGAGACAGGGCGCGUUAAGGCGAAGCUGUGCGGUGGCGCCGGUGGUGGAAGAGGAGGAGGAGGAGGAGGAGGAGGAGGCGGAGGACAGCGAGGAGAUUCCAAUGGCGCUUGCAGCUACAGCCAAGGACGGCGGGUGUCUGCCGCACGCAUGGACACACAUGCCCGCGCGGGCGGCCUUCAUGCACGCCGCACACGGCACGUGCCGCCAGCGGCAGUCACCACGUCAUCGCCCUUCAUUACAGUCACCGCCUGUUGAGUCACUUGCACCGCAGCAGCGGCAGGCGUCAUCGCAGCCUCAGCGACAGCAGCAGCACGGUCGAACCCGCCUCCCUCCAUCUCCCUCGCCCUCGCCCUCCCCCUCCCCAUCCACUGCCGUGCCCGCGUCGUCCCCUCAACUGCCGCGUCCAACAGCCGCGCCAGCAGCGCAGCGCAGCAGCCAAUCCAUGGCGCCGCGCGCUUCUGCCUCGCAUCCCCUGAGCGCCUCCCUCCCCCUUCAUCACGCUCCCCCCCGCAUGCUCAUCCCCCGCCUUGCCUCCUCCCCCUGCGCCCACUCCCCGUGCGCCCAUUCCCCGUCCCCCUCGCCCCUCACUCCCCCCACGCCUCUCACGCCCCUCACGCCCCUCACGCCCAUCACCCCCCCCUGCCUGCGCGCCUCUGCUGCAGCGCCAAUCAUCCGCGCGCACUCAGCGCUGCCCUCGUGCCUGCGCUCCGCCUCCUCGCCCCCCUCCUCCACCCGCAGCCACCAGCCUCGGCGCGUCGCCUUCAGCCCCGUGGUUCGGGUCCGAACCUACUCGCUCUCGGACCAUGAUUGGCCAGCGCCCCUUUCGCCUGCCUGUCACGCUGCUGUCUCCCUCUCUGGUGGGGAUGCCUCAGAGGUGGAUGUGACUGCCAGGGCUGUUGCUGCACCUGCUGCCGCCGCCGCUGGUGCCGCAGGUGCUGCAGGUGCAAGAGCAUCAGCAGUGGGAAGCAACGAUAACGACAUUACGGACAGCAGCAGCGGGGAGAGCGAACCUCUGCUGCAGCCUCUCCUUCCACCGCAUGAGGUGGCUGCAAGAGCGGUGAAGAGUGUUCCCACGAGCCUCUUCACUCCCACCAUCUCACAUGCUCCCAGCUGCUUCACUCUGCUUAGCAGUCAGCCCCAGCUGCCACUGCACAAAUCACACUCACUCCCUCCCCUUCGUCUCAGAACCUCCCUAUCUUCCAUCACACUCCUCUCUAUGCCCACCACCGCCCUGCUUCCUCCCACCACCGCCCUCCCUCACCCCCAACACCGUUCCCCCCCAACCCCUACUCCUUCCCAGCAGUGCGCACAGCGGGAACAGCGGGCGCACAGACGGUGA